UCCGGCUCCACGCAGUGUCCAGUGAGCUACAUGUGUGCUACAUAUGUGUGUGGAGGAUGAGCCACUCACGCGUCGCAGCUGAAUGAAGAGAACAAGAUAGAAGAGGCUGGAAAACACGAGUUCCACUGGCGAAGCAGCGCAGCCCCGCUCCUGCUCCCUCGGAAACAAAGCCACACCAGUCGAAUGCGGAUUUCACUUUUCCUCCGGCUCCAUCUGUAGCCGCGGUUCGUGGGUUUGACUUCGAGCGGGAGGAGACAUCUUUGCCAUCGGUGAGAUGCAUUGUGUGGGGGAUUGAGCCUCGACAUGGGAGAACGAAGCAGGGUUUCCACUGCCAUGAAGAUGUCGCCAUGUUGCAUUGAGCUGGGAAUACCUGCAUCCACCUCACCAUGUUUGGGAUGAGCUCACCAGCAACAAUGGUUGCUCACGCCGGGGAAGAAUGGUUCACUCCACUACUGCCCCCCCUCAAGAGGCAAGGGACAUCAACAUCAGUCUCUGCUGCCUCUAUACGGGGCUGCUGAACUACUCUGAGAGGCUGGCGAUGGAGAACAUCUCCAUGGCGAACCUUUCCCUGGGCUCCCGGUCGCCCAUGGUGCCGGUCGUGCCAACAGUGGAGGCCCAGAGGAGUUUACAGGGUGUCGGCCUCCCUCUGCAGGUCUUCUUUUGCUCUGUCAUGGUUACCAUCCUGCUGGUGGCACUGUUGGGAAAUGUGGUGGUGUGCCUGAUGGUGUACCAGAGAUCUGCCAUGCGCUCGGCCAUUAACAUCCUCCUGGCAAGCCUGGCAUUUGCAGACAUGAUGCUGGCCAUCCUGAACAUGCCCUUUGCUCUGGUUACUGUGGUGACCACCAACUGGAUUUUUGGAGACGUUUUCUGUCGAGUGUCGGCCAUGCUCUUUUGGUUCUUUGUGAUGGAAGGCGUGGCUGUACUGCUUAUAAUAAGCAUAGAUCGCUUUCUUAUUAUUGUCCAGAAGCAAGAUAAGCUGAGCCCACAGAGAGCUAAAGUGCUUAUAGUGGUCACAUGGGGACUGUCAUUCAUUUUCUCUUUCCCCCUGGCGGUUGGCUCCCCUCCCCUUCAGAUCCCCCCCAGGGCCCCUCAGUGUGUGUUUGGCUACAGCAUUGAGCCUGGCUACCAUGCCUAUGUAUUGAUCCUAAUGUUAGUCUUCUUCUUCGUGCCUUUCAUGGUCAUGCUAUACACAUUCAUGGGGAUCCUGAACACCAUCCGCCACAAUGCCAUCCGCAUCCACAGCCACCCAGACAGCAUCUGUCUAAGCCAGGCCAGCAAACUGGGUCUGCUGAGCCUCCAGAGGCCCUUCCAAAUGAAUAUAGACAUGAGCUUCAAGACCCGUGCCUUCACCACCAUCCUCAUCCUCUUCUCCGUGUUUACAGUGUGCUGGGCACCCUUCACUGCCUAUAGCCUGGUAACUACCUUUAGCGAUGGGUUCUACCACAAAGACAGCUUUUUUCAAAUCAGUACAUGGUUCCUGUGGUUGUGCUACCUCAAGUCAGCCCUCAACCCUCUCAUUUACUACUGGCGGAUCAAGAAGUUCCGCGAUGCCUGCCUUGAUCUGAUGCCCAAGUACUUCAAGUUUCUUCCUCAGCUGCCAGGAAACACGAAGCGGCGCAUACAGCCAAGCGCAGUCUAUGUGUGUGGGGAGAAUCGCUCUGUGGUUUGAAGUAAAAUCCACACUUAAAUCUUUACAUACUGUACUGUAUUUGCCUGUUUUGCUGUUUGGUGGUAAAUUUCUCUUAGCAGGUGUUCAGACAGAAAGUAGCACUGCAUUAAAAAAAGGCAUGGGGCAAGGUUGAUGUGGGUGUGUUGCUACAGGGCGCAGGUGUAAUGCAAUCUACAAAGUCCAGUUUCGAAGCAAACAUCUAUGAUUUUUUUAAAGCUUGUUUGAUUCCAAAUCACUGUUCAGUGGUAAUGAAAAAUUAUUGGAGAUUCUUCACCUAUAUAAAAAAAAUUUUAAUACCCAAUUUUGACGAAUAUUUCUUUGUGUUGUUUGACAAAAGAAGAUACUUGAGAAUUUUUGAUUAUGUAGACAGCUCUAGAAUAUAGAUAAUUUUUUAGAAACCAUCUUCUCCUCUAUCUUGCUAAUAUUGCCAUAAUUAUAUUAUGCUGUUACUCACAGUGGAAGUGUGCAGGGUAUGUGUGCUACAUGUCUGAUUGGCUGGAUAAUGUGCUUGUUUGCAGCAAAAGUUGAGUCAGGGUCAACCUUUUUGCUGGACAACCUUGCAUUUUAGCUGGAACCCUCAUAAGAACAGUGUUUAAUGCUGUGCUAAUUUUAGUCUGACACACCAUUUUGCACUGAUGCUCAGAAACAGUGUGCAAAAUGUUUUAGUGUUCAGCCAGAGUCUUCAUUUCUCUCAUUGUGGUGGUGAUGUUCAGUACCCGAUGGCUGGACUUAAAACCUGUUUUAGAAUCAUGCUAUAUUUUCUAUAAUAUCAGAUUAGUCUGGUGAGUAUGAAUGGUCUAUCGAUAUUUUUUACACUUAAAUACUUGAUGCCAAAUGUAACUUUUUUUCUGGACCGCAGUCAAAGUCCAGUUUUCUAUCAAAGCUGGGCGCACACUAUACGAUUUUAGAAAUGCUGUUGUUAAAUUCCAACUCAUACUAUGGUAGUUAAUCGUCUGCAAUUGAUGUUCUGGGUGUGUACUUUUAUAGUUUCAUCCUCUCCUUUGAGUAAGUUUAUCCUAUAAAAUCUGAUAUUUAUUAGUAAUGGGAGAUAGAUAGUUUACAUAUUUACCUUUUGACAGCCUCCCCCUCAAUGCAGUCAGCCCUCACCAAAAUGACAGUACACUGUUGCGAGGUGCACACACUAUUAACUAGUAAUCGCACACGCUUCCACCACAGUAUGGCCUCCAUCAGAGUCAGCGCAUACAGUGCCUGUCAAACUAAGGCUCAUUAUAGAGGCUACAUCACCUGAUCAAUUGAAACGUUUCAUCUCUCAUCCAUGAGGCUUCUUCUGUUCAGUUCACUGUCUCUGUGUUUGCCACUUCAAGCAGUCAGGAAAAAAGGCACAGAGACGGAGGGACCGACUCACGGCUCGGCUUCAACCGUGCGAGACGAUGAAGUCAGCCGACCAAAAAUGUUCAGAAUUGUAUCGUGCAUACAUUUCAUCCCUGUGCACUGCAUGACAAACAUUUCACGACAAAACUGAAAAUCAAGUCAUACGACUCAAUAACGGGCUUAAAUCGUACAGUGUGUGUCCAGCUUUAGAGUGUGUGAAGAUUGAGAUCAGGUCAUUGUAUAUCAAGUAUCAACUCAAAAACAACUGUGCUGGCUGUUUUGUCUCUUAGCAGAACAAAGAUUGAGUACUUUUGUCUUUGAUUUAGUGCUGUACUGGAUAAAAUACAUGGCAGAAGAGGUAAACCAACUGUCCACAUACAGCUUUGAUGAUCUUCAAUUAAACUUCUAUAAUAGAGCUGGGUAUUUGAAGGUGUUUGAUACUAGUGCCAGUGAAAUCCCUGAGGGAAAACAGUUCAAGUUCCCCAAUGUUAAAUGUGUAAAACAGAAGCAGCCAUACAACAGUUUUGUCUUUUAUAGUCAAAAUUUUAUAAAAUGACUUCUGACAUCAGGAAGUACAGGAAGCAGGAAUAUCCACAAAUGAAUUUUAACUUUAAUAUGAGCUAAACAGAAAACACUGGCGCUGUCUGAUUUGACAUGAUCACAUCUUUUCUUGCCACUGGGAUCAUGAGUCGAGGGAAAAGGUCAGUUUGUUUUAGCUGUGUACAAGUUGUUAUACAGGGCAUGUAAAUUAACAGCUUAAAUGGAGUAUGAAUGUGGUCAGAAAGUGGCCAUGACCCAUUUGAACAUGUUUGAAUUUCAAUGUUUUUGGAUGUGCCUAUUGAUUAGUCCACUUGCCAGUAAGAAUGCUGCUAUAUCUGGUGAAAAUGUGCAAUUUCAGUGUACUGUACUGUUGAAUGUAAUAAAGAAAUAGACAUUUCUUAC